GGAGAGAAUCAGCAGCCAGAAAAGAGAAAGCAGAGAAAGGAGGAGAGAAUGUGUGGUGAAAGGCUAGCGCUUCCUUGCUUCUAUCCAGGGCCUUUGUGAAUAAACCAUGGGAUGUAUCGGCUCUCGAACACUGACAACAGAUGGAGUUCCCGUGCAGAAGGAUGGGGAACAGCCGUCUCCUGCUUCAUCAAAACCAUCUAUUUCUUCAUCCUUCCUAUUUUCUGUCCCAUUUUUCUCUCUUGAAUGCCUUCCUUCAUUUCAGUUGUCCAUGGAGGACACAACCUCAAUCCUCCCUCGACUGAAGAAGCGGAACUCCAAUGCCUAUGGAAUCGGCGCUCUGGCUAAGUCCUCUCUGACAGGUGUGUCAGGAGUGACUCGCUCUAUGAAGGACAAGGUGACAAAGCCAACAGCGAUGGCCCAGGGGCGUGUGGCCCACAUGAUUGAGUGGCAGAGCUGGGGCAUGCAGACGGUGGGUGUGGGGGGCAGUGGAACGGGACGCACCUCCAGUCUGCACCUCCAACAAGAGCGCAAGCUGGAGAAUGACGCAUACAGCGACCUCAGUGAUGGAGAGAAGGAGGCUCGCUUCGCUGCAGGUGUGCUUCAGCAGUUUGCGAUCUCUGAGGCAACGCUGCUGGCCUGGAGCUCUAUGGACGGCGAGAGCACAAGUGUUGGAUCUAAUCAGGGAAGCAUAGCCCACCUGAGCGAGGCCAACCAGGAAAGCAUUACCAGCCGAGACCAGAUAGUGCACCAUUCUUCUGCAGAGGUGUGGCCUCACAAUUACGUCUCCCAGGGUCUUUAUUGCCUUUCUUCCUCUGAUGCUUGGGAGCCAAUUAGUAAUGAACAGUCAGGUGUGGCCUCUCCUGCCACCAGUUCAUAUGUCAUGGCUGUCGGGACUGAGGGAGGAUAUGACCCAAAUUCAGCAGCUCAAUUCCUGUCACAACAGCAACAGCAGCAGCAGUAUCAGAACCAAUUACAGCAGAUCCAGACCCUGCACCAGAUCCAUCAAUACCAGCAGCAACAGCUCCUGCAGUAUCAACAACAGCAACAGAUGUUGGAGCAAAGACUACAGAGUGCAACUCAGUCUUUACAAGCUACUCCCAACAGCACCAUCCACAGCCUGCCGCCCCUCACUCACCCGCCAUUAGUGGAUCUGUGGGGGGCAGUGCAGACAGAGGCCUAUCAGGCAGACAUGGUGGGCUACAUGGGUAUGCCUGUAGCAGUAGAUGGAAAUCUAACAGCCCCCACAGAGGAGGUGACAACAGAUCGCUCACCUUUACUGGAAGCCCAGGAGGAGGAAGAGAUCAAAGAGGAAGAGGUAACGUUAUGUAUGGAACCAGAACCAGUAACAUUAAUUCCAUCUCCAGUAACGCAGGAAGUGACCUCGACGGGAGGAAGCAGUCCAGGUCAAGCCCCUGGAGAAUCCAGCACAGAGCGCAAGGUGUUUGAUGUCUCGCCAUCUGUAAUUGAAGAGCUUGAGGAAAAGGAGGAGUCCGAAUCAUCGUCUGUAGACACCACGGCAACCAACUAAGUGGCUGGCGUUAAACUUGAGCUGGUUAUGACAGACAUUUCAAUCAGCGUGAUCAAACAAUAUCAACACCUAUUUCAGGAAUCAAACACCAUUGUGAUGGAAUUCGAGUGACUGCUCGAACCCAAAAUGAAAAAGCAGAACUGAAAGUUACAGCACUGAAUACAUGAACACUAUGAUAUAUUUAUUUUUAUUUUUUUUUGUAAGCCUUCUAUUAUGGAUGUCUGAAAAAGGAAGGCACAGAACGGGAAUGGGAAAUCCUUGGAACUGGGAAAGGACAGGAGGAGGAAAACUCAUGUUUGGAAUGGAGUGAUAGAGUUGGAGGUACAGUAUGUGUUUCAGGACGAUGAAUAUGAAGAACAUUCGGUUAAAUAUGUGCAUGCUUUUACAAGGAGUGUUGGCACUCAUUAUUCAAAAUAAAGAAACUAUAGGUAAUAAACCAUAAUGAUUAUAAUAAUACUAUUCUUUUCUAAGAAAACAGCAAAAAAAUAUAUAUAUAAUUGUAAAAUAGACAGUAACGCAAGCUUUUUCAACCCAUGCCCUUCAGAAUUUUAGUUCCCACAAAGACACUUACCAUAAGAGAUCACAUACACUCAAUACAACACAAAUUCCCUCUUUUCCUCUUCGGUUUUCACCCUGUAUACUUCCAAACACACUCAUUUAUAUAUAAAAGACUGGAUUUGGCAGUUUAUGACGCUGUUAGGAGAAACACAGUUUCAAUACAGAAGUUUCUGUGCUUAGAAACAUAAAAAUCAAUUAACUGAAACCAACCACUGAUCUACAUAGUUCUGUCGGCUGUUUAUUUAAUAUGUACGGUAUUCAAACCCUCAUAAACUCAAGCAAAUAGAUGUAGUACGCAUUCAAAAGUUUGGGGUCAGUUAAAUUUUUUCAGUGUUUUUGGAAGAACCCUCUUUUCCCCAGGGCUGCAUUAUCUGAUCAACAAUGCAAUAUAAAAACAUGAAUAUUAUAAAAUAAUAUAACUGUUUCUAUUUUAGUAUUUGUCUAAAUUGUAAUUUAUUCCUGUGAUGGCAAAGCUGAUUUUUUUCAGCAGCCAUUACUCCAGUCUUCAGUGUCACAUGAGCUUUCUAAAUCAUUAUCAAUCUUAAAAACAGUUGGGCUGCACAAAACAUUUUUGUGGAAACCAUGACAGAUUUCUUUUCAGGAUUAUCUAAUGAAUAGAAAGUUCAAAACAACCACAUUUAUUUUAAAUAGAAAUCUCAUCGAUAUGUCUUUACUGUUGCUUUUGAUAAAAUCUAAUGCUUCUUAAUUAAAUAAUUUCUUUAAAAAAAACUUACUGACCCCAAACUUUUGAAAGGUAGUGUACAUUCACAAAUAUAUACACAUAUACCUUUGAUGUUCUCCCAUACUGGCAUACAAAGGAAAAAUGCAGUAACUACAGCAAAAUUAGAACUGAGAAAAAUUAAAUUAGUUGAUUGAUUGACUGUUUUGGCUUUGUAUGGCAGCUUUUACUGUUCUAAAAUUAAGCUACUGUAAGUAUACUGAUCAAAGCACCCAACCUCUUACAAACAGCUUUUUUAGAUUUUAUUUGCCACAUUAUUAGACACGUUUUCAUUUAGCAUUUAAUUUCUUUAUUUUUUGUAGUAGUAAUAUAAACUUUUUCACGUGCACACCACACAUACUCACAGAUAUAAUUCAUACUGGACUGUAACAUAGCGUGCUUCCCUCUCUUUUGGCAUGCAUGAUGUUUGUCAGUGUACUCUAUACAAAAUUGUAUAGAUAUUUGCACUGGACCUCAGUACUCUGAGCUGAGCCUGAGACUGACUCUGUGAGAUCUGUGUGUUUAGUGACUUGAUUGGCUGAUUAAAGGAGAGAAAUGUCUGGGGAGAAAAAAAAAACUUUUUUGCACUUGCAUUGGUUGUUGGGAGAAGGACAUAUGUCUUUUAGAUUGAAAAUUGUUUUAUGAGACAAAAAUACACUUCCCAUUGAACUUCUUAUUUUCUAUCAUUUUUAUCAUGAAAUUAUUUGUUUUUGCUCUGGUUUAGUCAAACAUUGGCUUCAGGAUGGUUUUGAAAUAUCUAGAUUAAAUGAACUCUGUUCAAAUUACUUGUUUUCAUGAUAAAUGACAACUGAGAGGAGAAAGAUGGAUAGGUAGUGCCUAUAACCUCAAAUUACAAAAAUAGAAGAAUACUACAGUAAACAUUUUUGGCAGAACAGUCCUGUUGGCGACUCAUACUUAUUGUUACACUUGCAGGACUGGUUCUUGAUGAUUUAUUUUUAUAAUAAAGCAUGUCAUAAUUUCUGUUCCAAAAUAUGUAUUCCAUUGCCUACAGUUCUUUUCACUAUCUAUCAAAGGGAGAAUAGAAAAGGACCUGGAUUCACAUGCUGUAAAUAUCCUUUACCAAGAUAACAAGGAAAAAUGUUUCCACAGAAUGAGAAUGGAAAUGGACUUUGAUUCGAGUUCAACGUGACCUCAUGAACAACUCAGGCCAUUUGGAAUGUCCAACUGCACAGGCGUCUUCCUGUUUGUCAUGGUCACUGAUUACACAGUAACUAUGAUGCUACAAAUUUUGCAUUGACUGUGUAUUUGUUCAUAAACGAAUAUGAAGCAUAUUCGUCCCAAAGUAGGAGCAGACGUCCGGUUCAGAAACAGAAGUACAGUAACUACAUCAUCCUGCAUUGUGAUGUCAUGCAUGAUUCACUAAGGAUUUAAACAAACAAACAAACAAAAAAAUAACAAAAAUAGAAAAAAGAAAAAGUCUACAAGUUAUUACAAUGGUUUCUUUGGAGGACACACGGUUCACCUUUGAAGGCUGUGUGUAAUACAAACUUAAGAAGAAAUAGCAUUAAUAGCUAUAUGAAGUGUAUUGACUUGAUUGAAUUUAUUUAUUAACUGAUUAUUUAUGCAAUGUUGGGACAAUGUUUAUUUUUCUACAGAAUUGUGUGCACUCCCUCCUCUAUAUGUUGGGGUACAUAUUAUUUCACUGCUGGGCUCCUGAAGAGGCUCUGACAGAUUUUUGUGUACAGUAUUUGUGUACCUUUUGUCACUGAAAAAAAUCACACACUUUCUUAAACAUCUUGUUGUAUGUCAUAAGGUUAAUGUUUUAAUAUAAUGUUUUAUAUUAUCGAUACAUAACAGUCUACUACAUCAUUGCAUAAACCAACCGUUAAACAGAAACAAAACUGCUAUAUAUUUAUUCAGUGUCUUGUAGUUCUUAUAUUACGUGAAGCAUACAGAACUCCAAAAGUUGCUCACAUGAAAUAAUAUGUGCCCAUUUAUUUAUUUAAGAAUUAUAUAGGAGAGGGAUUUAACUUUGCAGCCUGUAUGAUAUCUAUUUGUUGUUUUCAGAUAAAUGCACCUUUGGUUGUAAUGGCGACUGACACAACUGAUGCUGGUAGGUCACGUGAUAAUGACAACUUGGUGAAUGUAGUACGUACAGAUUACAUUCGUACUAUACAGAACAAACAUUUUUAGCAGUCAUAAAGUAAUUACUUAUUCAAAAUAAGUAGCUUCUCAGAAGAGUGUGUAAUUUUGAAUGCAGCCCAAGUAUGUUCACGUCAUCAAGUGAUUCCGAGAUUCUGACUUCAUUGCAGAAGUCAUUGCAGAAGUCGUUAAGGAUUAUGAACUUGAGAUUUUAGUGCAAAUUGACCAUCAAUGGCAAUCACACGUAGCCAGGUCACGCUGCUGCAACCAAAGGAGUGAUGUCAUGUUCUCUUUUAUUGCUUUUUAUGUAAGAUAAGGAAUAUACGAAUUAAUAAAUAACAAAAAGCCAAAUGUAUUUCCUUGAAUGCAGUUGUUUAUCAUUUGUGUUUACAGAUGAACUGAUUUCAACUGGAUUUUUUUGUACGAUUCUACUGCCAUGUUUCACUACAAAACUGUCUGUUGGCAUGAUGCUGUAACUGGUCUGUUGUUCUACCUCUCUCCUUCUCCUUUUCCUCUCUUUUUCCCUUGGUAUGUUAUUAUCUGUCUGUUACUCAAACCCUGUGUUGUCUCCUCUUGGUCUAAGAAUCAUAUUCAGAAGUAAUGCUUUGGAUAAGAAACACUGUUGUGAUAAAAUUUGUUUAUGAUAACGCUGAAAUACAUGGUGUCAACAUGUUCAGCAAGCUAUACAAAUCCAGUCGUUUUGGACUGACUGAGCUGUAUGAGGUGUGAUAUAAGAAGUACGUAUAUCUAUGCAUGCUUUAUUGAAGGUUUUAAAUGGUUCUUCCAAUGUGCUCUUCCUCUUCCUCCACCAGACUCUCUUUCUUACCAAUCUCUUUUUUCCUGCACGAACGAAACACCUCCCUGACCUUCAAGAAUAUUGCUAUUCCUUUAUUUUCACCCCAAAAUAAUGACGAAUAAAUGAAGCAAACAAAGCAUUAUUGCGCACUUUGUGUAUUUUUAAGACGUGGCAAAAAGUCUGCAUGCUCUUUAGACCAUUAAAACAUCAAUAGAUAUUCAUUAAUAAAGUAAUCAAACAAAGAUUUAAUGGUAAUGACUUUGUAGCUUAAAUUAUGUAGUAAACAAAUCAGCUUCGUAAUGAAUGUCUAGUGAUUAAAUGAAUAUACCAGGUUCAACACAGGAUCAAUCCACAUUAUUUGUGGCACAACAAUAAUUUCACUUCUUAUAUAAAAAAAGCAAAAAUCUAGAUUACAGUAAGGCA